AUGGCUUGCAACAGUAAAAAAGGAGGGAAAAAAGACAGUUCUAUCCAAUGUUUUGGUUGUCAAGAAACAUUAGCUGAUUCUCAUCUAGGAAUUCAAUGUGCACAAGGUCAUCAUAUUUGUGUUGAUUGUUCAUCAAACGUUGUUCAGUUAUUUUUGAGUGAACCAAAAAUAAACUUACCACCAAAAUGUAUGAUUUGUAAAGUUGAUAUUAAUGAAUCAGUAUUUGAACGUCAAUUAACCAGUGCUCAAUUAGAAAUUUAUCGAACAAUCAUGUUGUCGCUAUUUUGGUCAAAAGAGUGUCUUCAAGAAAACGAAGAAUUAGUUCAUUGUAGUUUUUGUUCAUAUGUUGAAAUACGUGAAAAAUCAGAAGGUGCUCAAUUUAUAUUUUGUAAACAUAAAGAUUGUGGUAAAACAUCUUGUCUUAUCUGCUUACGUGAUUGUCCAACGUUUGAACAAGGCUAUGAAGUUAGCGACUAUGAUAGUUACAGUGAUGAUAUAGAAGAAAUGGAGCGACAUUUUAUUUGUGCAACAUUGAAAGCUGAAAAGAAAAUGCUUGAUACAUCGAUUGAAAACGGGCAAAAGAUGUCAUGUCCCGGCUGUGGUCUUUCAGGAAUGAAAGAUGAUGCAUGUCCUAGCUGCCAAACGUCAUGGUGUUACUUUUGUGGUUUAAAAGAAGUCGAUUGUGAUAAAGCUCAGACGGGAAAAGAAAGUUCAAUAUAUGAUCAUAAUGUCGACUGGGAUUCGAAUCCAGAACGUUGUCCAAUGUAUUUGACAGCCAUCCAAGAUAUCGAUCCAUCAUGGCCCGAAGAUGAAGAUCAAUGCUUGGAACAUUUUCAUCGUCUGCGGUCUUUACGUUUAUUACGAGAUGCAUAUGAAACAUUGGGUGAUGCCAAAUUUCGUAAGCUAAAUAAACAAUUUGGUAUUAUUGAAAAUUGUGUAAAUGACGAUGAUAUGAAUGCAGACGAUAGUAGCAACGAUGAGGAAAUGGUCUCGAUCGUUAGUGACGAUAAUAUGAAUCCAGACGACGGUAGCGGCGAUGAGGAGAAACAUGAAAGCCCCAAUGUUAUCUAA